AUAGAUCAAUACCAAAUAGUCUCUAGGUGGAGGGUAACCAGGCACGAGGGUGGAAAUUGUUCUUGCGUGUUAGAAGACGCAAUGCAGACCAAGUAAACUUUUUGUCUGCGUUGAAGAAGUUUAAAAUUCAUCCUAGAAAAUAGUCUUCCCGUCGCGAGACACACCCUGGAGGACACUUUGGAGGACCGAUACUGAAAGAAUCUGAAAAUUUAAGCUGUGCGUCGGAUAGUUAUGAACCUUCAGGGCAUUAUAUUCUUGAGAAAUAGACGAUGUUCCAUGUAUCAAGCAAAUUAAUACUCAAAGCAUCUCUCGAAGAGUAAGGAUUCAUCGCUAGGAUUCAUUAUUAAGAUACCAAAGAUUUUGGUCUUAAAGGAAAAAACUAAGUACCAAAUAAAUCCCUUACGACGGAGAAAAAAGUUCAGACCCUCCUCCAAAGCUUAUUAUAUUUCCCUCGCCUGACCACAGACGUUAAUUAACAUUUUAAUCACGUCCAAGAUGGCUCAGGAGGGAUAUAAUACGUUCCAGUAACAUCUUUCACACCGAAGAGACCAGUUAACUUAAAUACCUCCUCAACAGACCACCAACGAAAAGCAAAGAUGGAGAAAAGCGACUACCAGGUGAAACUGAAAAAGCGGAACUCCAGAAUGAUAAUGUCAGCGGACGGAACGACACAGUGCGUCCAGGUAGUGGUACGAUGCAGACCAAUGGAUGCGAAGGAGUCGACUCGAGGUUAUUCCCAGGUCGUAGAAGUCUAUCCUUCGAGAGGCGUAGUGGAGAUCCACAAUCCUCGAGAAGACCCAUCCAGAGAGAACCUUAAGGAAUUCACAUUUGAUGCAGUGUACGACUGGAACGCGAAGCAAGGGGAGAUAUACGAGGAAACAGUAAGGCCCCUGGUGUCGUCUGUCCUAGAUGGCUUCAACGGGACAAUCUUCGCCUACGGGCAGACCGGGACCGGAAAAACCUACACCAUGGAAGGUUCCAAGAACGACUUAGAACGUCGUGGCAUCAUCCCCAGGUCCUUCGAGCACAUCUUCGACCGCAUCGGGAGGACGGAGAACAUGCAAUACCUGGUGCGAGCGAGCUACCUGGAGAUCUACCAGGAGGAGAUUCGGGACUUAUUGCACCCGGACCAAACCCUGAGGUUCGAGCUGAAGGAAAAACCCGACACGGGGGUCUUCGUGAAAGACCUCUCGACCUCGGUCUGCAAAAGUGCAGCAGAGAUUCAGCACUUAAUGAAUACCGGCAACCAGAACCGCACCAUCGGAGCCACGAACAUGAAUGAGCACAGUUCCCGGUCGCACGCGAUAUUCCUGAUCACCAUAGAGAUGGGUUCGAUCGGCGACAGUGCAGGUAUUCGCGUAGGUAGGUUGAACCUGGUGGACCUGGCCGGAAGCGAGAGGCAGAGCAAGACAGGGUCCUCCGGAGAGAGGCUGAAGGAGGCCAGCAAGAUCAACCUAAGUCUCUCGGUCCUCGGCAACGUGAUCUCCGCCCUGGUCGACCCGAAGACGUCCCACGUGCCGUACAGGAACUCGAAGCUAACCAGGCUGCUGCAGGACUCCUUGGGAGGUAACUCUAAGACCAUCAUGAUAGCGAACAUAGGUCCAGCAAGUUACAACUACGACGAGACCCUGACGACCCUGAGGUACGCAAACCGCGCGAAGGACAUCAAGAACAAGCCCAGGAUCAACGAGGAUCCGAAGGACGCGCUGCUGAGGCAGUACCAGGAGGAGAUCAACCGCCUGAAGGAGAAGCUGGCCCUGAAGGGUACAGUGCCGAAGAAGAAGAAGAAGUCCAGGAAGAAGCGCGAAGACGGAGCCGGCGACACGGGCUCGGAGACGGAGGACAGCAGAGAGGACAAUAAGGUCACCGAGGCGGAUGCGAAGCUGAUAGCCGAGCAACUCCGGGCAGAGAAGCAGGAGACGGAGACCCUGGUGCACAGGAUAAGGGACCUGGAGAGCAAGAUGCUGUACGGCGGCAAAAACAUCAUCGACCAUACCAACGAGCAGCAGCGUGCCCUUGAACAACGAGCGGCAGAGAUAGCGGAGCGGAAGAGACGGGAAGAGGUGAUGAAGCAGAAGCUGGAAGACGAAGAGCUGACCACUCUGGGGGUGCGGGAGACCUACACCACCCUACAGCAGGAGGUCGACGUGAAGACCAAGAAACUCCGGAUGAUCUUCACCAGGAUGCAGACGGUCAAGCUGGAGGUCGAGGAGGCGACCCAGGAGUUCAACGCGCAGCGCAGAAGCCUCGAGCAGAAGCAGGACGAGCUGAUGAAGGAGCUGAAGCUGAAGUACCUCAUCAUCGAGAACUUCAUCCCAGACGAGGAGAAGCAGAAGAUCCUCGCGAGGAUCCGGUUCGACGACGAGGAGGACAAGUGGGUGAUGAAGGACCCGGAGCCCUCCAGCCUGGAGUACCUGGAGAGACUGACGGCGGCUCCUGGAGCCAGGAGACCGGUGUCCGAGUACGCCAGGAUCGCCUUGGCGAUGGCCAGGAGUGGGUACCGCUACGCAGGAGAGAACAUCCUUAAUCUAGAGCUCGACAUGCCUCCGAGAACGACCUUGGAGUACCAGGGACCCAAAAUCGCCCCGACCAUCCAGGCCGUCCUCGAGGAAGCGCUUCGCGACGAGGGCGACAUCGACGUCGACGCCUCCAACGUUCGGCUGAGAUCGAAAACUCGUUUACAGUCGGCCAAGGUUCGGCCUAAGAGUGUCGCCAAGAUUCCACAAACCCCGGCACCGGUUUAUCCAAAACCCCGCGGUCUGGUCCCCAAGUGAUCGCCUUCCUCGCCGCAUCCGAUUUAG